CCAGUAACCCCGUCGAUUUGGCCCGCCGACUAAAGCAUCCAGGCAUCUCUCGCUCGAACCCCUAUUUAAGCCCCUCCAUUCCUCCCAACAUUCUCCACACCUCCACGAGUUGCUCAUCACUAGCUAGUACGUUGUACUGUUAGCUACAGAUUAAGAAGUGAUCAUGGCCCGCGCUCAGGUACUGCUCAUGGCCGUCGCCUUGGUGCUGAUGCUCACGGCGGCCCCGCGCGCUGCCGUGGCCCUCAACUGCGGCCAGGUUGACAGCAAGAUGAAACCUUGCCUGACCUACGUUCAGGGCGGCCCCGGCCCGUCCGGCGAAUGCUGUAACGGCGUCAGGGAUCUCCAUAACCAGGCGCAAUCCUCGGGCGACCGCCAAACCGUUUGCAACUGCCUGAAGGGGAUCGCUCGCGGCAUCCACAAUCUCAACCUCAACAACGCCGCCAGCAUCCCCUCCAAGUGCAAUGUCAACGUCCCAUACACCAUCAGCCCCGACAUCGACUGCUCCAGGAUUUACUGAGCGACGAUCCGUCAAGCUGGUGCUCAGCUCAUCGAUCCACGUGGAGCUGAAGCGCGCAGCCUCUGUCCCUAUGUAGUAUGGCUACCAGUUAUGCCGAGUUUAUGCUGAAUAAGAACUCUCUCCUGUACUCCUUUGGAGGAGAUCAGUAUCUAUGUACGUGAGAGUUGAGAGUUUGUACCAUGGGCACUCCCAGUGUUUAUGGACUAUAUGCAUACACCUCCUUCUGUGCUCA